CCUCCUGUGUUUACUAGAGGCAUUCCCCCCUCCCCGUAUGUGCUCGCCGCCGCCGCCGCGUUUGGAGUGCUACCUCUGAUGUGUCCCUGUGUGUGGGUUUAGGGACCGGCUAGGUGCGAGCGAGAGAGAGAUAGAGAAAGACUGAAAGAGAAAGAGAGAAGAAAGAGGUUAGAGAACCAGGAAAGGAGAGGACCUUUGCAACAAGGACGCAACAUGCAACACGAGAAAGAAGUAUAACAGGAGGGCUUAUUGAUCUUAACCCGAUUCUCUGGAUUGUGGGGCUCCGUCCGCCCUGCCCGUCCGUGUGUGUGUGUGUGUGUGUGUGUGUGAGUGUGAGUGUGUGUAGGAGGUAGGUGUACGGAGGUGUCGUUCCCGGGUGUCGUGUGUGUUUGUGUAUGUGUGGAGGGUGGGUGAACUGAUCACCACCAACCACCACCACCACCAUCCUAACCACCACCACAGUCUACCACAUCCACUAAGACCACCUUCCUCACUACACGUCCCAAGGGUUUACUGUGCAGCGUCGGGCGAAUUGGACGUGUGGUGUGUCAAGGAGGAGGGAACAGCGUCACGCAGAUGAGGAGAAGGCGAGGAAAAUAUUGUCCUGAGGAGCUGGAGGACGACCUGUGACCUGUAGGAGGAGAGACAUUGUACCUGUUACCUGAACGAGGGAAGGAUUCGUUGACCUGAGAGAAAUGGAUUACACUUAAAGUUCUCUUUUAUCUGGGAUUAAAGUGAAGGACUCUAUGUAUGAACUGUGAGAGCGAGAAGGAUUUUAUCUUGAUAAAGGAUUCACUUAGACGUGGCCUGCGAGAGGGGAGGAUUCUACCUGUUUCUUGGGUGAAGGAAGACUCUCUUACCUGGGGCCUGUAGGAAGAAAGGAAUUCCUUUUAUUUGCGAACUGUGAGAUUGGGAAGGCGUCUCACUGUGACUUCAGCUGAAAUAUUCUACCCGCGAUUUGGGCCAAACUGAAUGAAAGUUUCUCCAGUGACUUGUAAGAGGAAAGGAUUCCCUUAGUCGUGACCUGGACUUAAGAACAUAAGACUUCUCUACCCUUCCUGUAACCUGUACAAGGAGCAAAAGGAAGACAUUUUUUACCUCUAACUUGACUUAGAGAAAAAUAUUCAUUAAUCCGUGACCUGUUAAGAAGAAACGGUUGACUAGGAGUGCAGAACGUCACUAAACUUUCCUGCCCAUCACCGGAUAGAGGAAGAGCGACUUGGCCGGACAAACUGGUAUCCAGAAGCCUUAAGAAUUGCACCACAUUGACCAAACAUCCGAAAUAAUAAUAAAUUAACAUUGCUAACCUUAAACGCCCAAUGGAUUGAACUUAUUCUGAACUUAAAGACUCGUGGAUGUGAUUAAGUGUUUAUAAUUAGAAAACAAAGAAAACUAUACCACCAACAGUAACUUAAAGUAAAAUAGUGACUAAGUGUAUUUUCUGUUGACGUCCACGUCUUAAAAAAAAUAAGAAAUUAAGCUAUUUUUUUCGUUUUGGAAAUGAACCUAAUCGUGGAGGAGUUUGUAAAGCCCUCCUUGUGUGGAAGCCGGCGACACAGGAACUAGUUCAGACCUCAGUAAAGGCUUAUGAGUAUCUAGCUCCUACCACGGGAAAGCAUUUGCCGCCCGCCCUGUCUGACCAUGUGAGAGAUGGCGGAGCAACAUCAACUCGCAUAAUACAGUCAGUCCAACAAGAGCGUUUAACUUUCUGUACUAAAAACUGACACGAAGCUGUGCCUGCCGUGCUGCCAGCCUCACAGAUCAACAUAAUACUGAUCUCUGUUAUCGUCACUGCAACUAACGAACACAGCCGCUUUGACCACAAUUAAAACAUCGAGCUACAUCAACUAGUCAAGUUCGUCCAGCCCUCCUGCCUCAGUUAUCAGGCGUGACCUUAAACUCUGACGGGUCGAGCUGAGGCCCUGUAAGGGGUUGAGCUGGCUCUGGUGAGCAUGUAUUCCGUCAAGAGCAUGCUGCCUAACCGGCGACCUGUAGUCUUGUGGACCUCUGUCGAUUUCCAGCGUUCUGAGGCCAGACACUGGACGUCAGGUGAAAAUCGUCUGCCUAGACACACGUGGACAUCACUGUGUGCACAACCAAGAAUGGAGGUUUUGCGUGCUUGGUUUGGGCGUGCUGGAGUGGGUGCCUGGCGAUCAAGAAGACAAGUGGUGUGGGCAGCAUGCGUCUUAGUGACCGUGGGUGUGGUGUAUUUGCAGUACGCCCCUGGGGGACCUCUUGAUCAUCCCUCGGCUCCAAGACAUCGUGCUCUCAAUACACUCUAUUCGUCUCAUGAGAGGGAUGGACAUGGUCAGGCUCCCUCUGACAAUGCUCAUGUGCAGCAUGUAAAGUUUGUAACAGGUAGUGAUGCCCAGCAACCAGGUGAGUGGCCACACCACCGAGAAGACCAGGACAAUCAGGAAAACCACCAGCAUGAUGAGUGGAAUCACCAGAAUGAAAAUGCAAUCAAUGAGGAAGCUGUACCCUCAGAUCCUGCCCAAGCACAGCACCGUCUAGCAGUUGAAGUCCUCCAGCGGCGAGUUGCAGAACAAAGGGCACAAGAACAACAACAACAACAACAAUCGGUAGCUGUGCCUGGUGCUGUCAUGAUACCUCAGCAAGACCCACCCCCAGGUGGUUCUUGGGGUGGAGGUCAAUACCGUUACAAUCCUUAUGGCGAACCAGUGUAUGGGCGCACGGAUCGACCUAACUAUAUACCACCCCAUCGUGUUGUGCAUUUUGAUUUGAAGGGUGCACCCCCAAAGAUGUCUGCUAUAAUGCAGCUGCUCCCUUGGAUAGCUGGACAAGGUGCCACAGCAGUCUUGCUGGAAUAUGAAGAUAUGUUUCCAUGGCGGGGUCGUCUUUCACAAGUUUCUGCGAAAAACCAUUAUUCUCGAAAGCAGAUUGCUAAUUUGGUAGCAGCAUGUCGCAGUCAUGGUUUAGAAGUUAUUCCUCUUGUUCAAACUUUUGGCCAUUUGGAGUUUGCACUUAAGCAUGAGCGCUUCUCACAUUUACGUGAAGUCCCUGAACUUCCACAGGCUUUAUGCCCAUCACUGAAUGAGUCAAUGUGGUUGGUUCACUCCAUGGUGGAUCAGGUAAUGGCACUUCAUCCAGGUGUUCGUUAUCUGCACAUUGGCUGUGAUGAGGUGUUUCAGAUUGGGGAAUGUGAAAAAUGUCGCUUGGUAUUGCGGGAGACAUUGUUUCUACAACAUGUUGAAGCAGUUGCAAAAUAUGUACGUAAGAAGUAUGCUGCAAUACCUCUGAUUUGGGAUGAUAUGUUGCGUCAUGUUUCUGAAUCUGCCAUGCAAGAGGCUCAUUUAGGUGAACUGGUAGAGCCUAUGGUAUGGGUGUAUGCUGAAGAUGUGUAUAGGUUUGUUCAACCAUCUGUGUGGACCAAAUACAGUCAAGUGUUUUCUCGUGUAUGGGCUGCUUCUGCAUUUAAGGGGGCAUUUGGUGAACAACUGACUGUGCCAAAUGUCCGAAGACAUUUGGAUAACAACCUUAAUUGGUUGGAUGUUAUGGCCAGUGAGGCAAGCAAAUUUACAGCUGGGUUCCGAGGUAUAGUUCUUACAGGAUGGCAGCGAUAUGAUCACUUUGCUGUUUUGUGCGAGUUAUUACCAGCAUCCCUCCCAUCACUGUCAGUUAAUCUAAUCACAGUUUCUCAUGGCUUCUUUAAUGUUUCUGUUCAGGGACAAUUAUAUCAGGCUCUUAACUGCAUGCAGACACCAAAAUACCAAACAUGGCUCAAUCUUGAUGCUGAUCCAUUUCUUUGGGAUAAAUUUUCUUGGUGCUUCUUCCCAGGUGCCCAGGUAUUCAAGGUGACUGCACGUCUUCAUGCUACAAGACGUGAUGUUGAUUCUUAUGUUGAGCGUGUAACAAAGAGCCGUGCAUGGAUCACUGAUUACAACCGCCGCCACAAUUUUUCAUCCCCAAUGAGAGUGGAUGAAGACCUAGAAGAGCUACCAGCCCGACUUCAUGCUGUAACACUUCUCAUGAAAACAGCUCGUGAGGCCUUGGCUGAAUGGUUUGAUGACUGGACAGUGGGUGAGUGGCUGGAACAACAUGUUUGGCCAUUAUUAAAAAGCCUACAAACUCUUCAGCGUGAAGCUGAGAGUAUGAAAGCUGUUAGGUACUGGCCUGCUCGGCCCUUGCCACUUCUGCCAGAACUUCAAGCUUUUGGUGUUUCAGAACCAACAGUUGGCGAUGGCAAGAGUGGACAAGAUACAGAUGGUGGUGGUGGCAAAGCAUAACAAGUAUGUUGGUAUUUACCAGCAUUGAAUUGGCUUUGGGAGACCCCUUACCCUUCAUACUGGAGGACUUGGGUCUUCCAGCACAUGGUGAAAGACAUGUGAGAGUUGUGAAAUUUCAAGUAUUUAUUAUAAAUAUUGAUGAGAUGUGUCUGUAAGUAUUUUGUAUAAAGACAAAGUUUAUCAGAGUAUUGAGAAUGUGUGUCCAUAGCCAAGUCAUAAUAUACAUUAGUAGGUUUGUUUGAAAAAAAUAUGUAACCUUGCUGCUAACCUCAGCAUCUGAAGUAGGAGUCUUGAUCCACAGGCAUUCUUUUAUACCUGUAUUGUGUCAUACAGGCAUAGAAGACUAGUAAUGGGGACAUCCCUCAACAGGUAUCUCAAGUGCUGUUGUUUGUGUUCUUUUGGAGGACUGCAUUUUUAAGUCUUUCUUACAAGUAGGUCUUUGGGCAAUAUUUUUGUAGGCCUGAUGAAACCUCAGUAUGUAGUCAUUUUUGGAUUAUGCAUUUAUUUUCCAUCUUGACAAAUUAAACUUCUUUGGCACAGUUUUCUUUCACAGUAGCAUUAUUGAGAGAUCUAGACUCCUCGCUCAUGUUGUUACGGUAGCAGCCACUUGAAUACUAUAAUUGAGCAAUAUCUGGGGCGGAUCCGGAAUAUGGAUAGGACAGUGUAUACAGCAAAGGUAUCAAAAUAUUGUACCUUACACUGAUAUUAUUAGUGAAGGGGUUAGGAUCUAGUGUUAUGGGAUUAGGAUAGUUGUGGUUUGCUUGUUACCCAAGAUAAAUGUGACACAAGUGUUGGGAAAGUUUAUAACUUGUGGUACAAUGCUUUGGUGUGAUGCCUCUGGAAAGAUGGUUAUUGAUGUGAUUACUUACGUAAAGUCACAAGUAAAUAUUUUUAAGCUCGACUGAAUUUCUCACUGAAAGGAGUGUUGCACAAAACUGUUUUGAUUACACUGUGGUAUUAUGUAUGAGAGUAAGUGAAAAAUAAGUUAUUCCAGGUAUCACUUUCCUUUGUGUCUGUUGUCCUAACUUUUGGCCAACUUAUUACCAUGACCUUACUGUAAUGAUUGCAGUGUUUUCUUUGUCUUUCCUAGGGGAGUAACUUUUGACUGUGAAAACCUCUUUGUAUUUCCUUCAGUGUAUUGGUAAGCACCUAACCAUUUAAAUGUCUUAGUUGUAUCAACAUAAAAUGUAAGGUCAUUAGAAAAAUAUUGACUCAUUUUUAGAGGCAUUGAUGGUAAUUUUCUGUAAUACAGGUAUAUUUUCUUUUAAAAAACAGUCAAGACACACGUUGGUCUUGGUGUUGGCAGUUCUCUCUGAAGGAAACUCUCGGGAUCCGUCCCUGAUGAUGUAGCAGUUUGCUCAAACACGGCGGCAAUCAACCUUGAGUAUUGGACGAAAUAUGAUCGUCGUAACAAUCAUUCCCCAUAUCUUCCUAAAAAACUUUUUUUUUUAUCCCUUCAUCAUAGCAAAGAUUUUUUUAAAGUUCAGUUAUAUUUUAUUAUCCAGUACUUUAAGACCUCAUGUGAAACAUCCUAGUUAACUGACAUUUUUUGUGGGAAUACAAACAUUGCAUUUUCAAUGUGAUUUUGUAAAUACAGUAUCUCACAGACUUGCAUUUGAAUAGCUUCCUAUAUCAUGUAUCAUCAUCAUGCCCAACAAGUUAAUAAAUGGUAUGUGCUUCUUAAAUAUGCUUUAAUGACUGUCUGUUCAUUUAUGGAGAAAGUGUUGUGAAGACCACCAUUACCAGUCUCACGUGACCUGUGUCAUGUGAACUGCACUUUAUGACGGACCUUUUAUUACUUAACAUGGAGGGAGAGUCCAACCCUCAUUCUUUCUCUCUAGAAAAAAUUAAAUAGUAAUAAUUUUUCAUAUUAUAAGGUUAUAAUACAGUUCUUUAAUAGUAUCCAAAUUUCUUAAAAAAAAAAAAAAUUGCACACUUAACUAACAGUACUGUAUCUACCAUGGAAUGAGGUGAUUUUGUUAGAUUGACUCUUUGUCACAGUGUGGACUUUUGAGCAAUAAGCUUUUUUGUUAACUAAUGGAGAGUAAUUAAUAUGUUAAUUAUGUACUGUAGGUUGUAAUGUGUUCAGAUGGAUUAUCAAUUAUUGAUGUGCAUUUACUCUUAAGUAAUUUCAGUACUUGACAAUGAAAGUAGAGCAUCCUGCAGUUAUUUAUAUAAAGUACAGUACUGUACACUAUUUAUUUACCAUAUAAACACAUUAUAAGAAUUUGUGAAUGCCUGUCAUGUUGCCUGAUGCAUAAAUGAUGAUAGAAAGGAAACUUAAAAGGUUUCCCUGAUGUGGUAUAUAUAUAAUCACUAAGAUUAUUUGAGUUACGUAAUUAUUUUUAUAACGAGUAUUUGUAAUUGGAAGGACACCAGCUAUUGUAUGUACUUCUGUUAUUCCAUCAAAAUAAUUUUGUUGAUUAUUUUUUUGUAAAUUUUUCUGUUAUAUUGUUUUAUGCUACUGUUUGCCUUGAUUUCUUCCUUGCCAUCACUUGCCAAAUUGUCUUCGUGUAUGAGUCGACUUCCCAUAUCAUAAAUUUCUCCAUUCCAUCAACAGUUAACUUAAUCCUUAGUUUCAGUUCUUGGAUUAGUUGAGGAUGAUGCAUUUGCUAAGGGGAAACAUAUAUUUGCCUUAAGAAAGCCUCGAGCCGAAUUGUAGACACCACCCCAAUCAUAUACAUCAAUUUUUGCCAUUAUUCUUACAAAAUUUAUAUUAAUAUAUCAAUAGUUGAUGCCUGGAUAGUAGGUUUAUAUGGCUGUAGCAAAAUAUAGGUUAUAAAUUUGAUGGUUCCCUACUUUAUAUUGUCUUAUGCAUAGAAUAUUAUGACCUUCAGAAGCCCUUAUAUAAUUACUAUAUCUGCACUCGCUUAGUGAAGUAAAUCUGGUUCAGAGGCGUAUUGUAUCAUAUAUUUGUGAAGGUGCGCAGAGUUUGUUGGCACCAAGUGUCAGUGUGUGUAGAAGUGCAUGUGUCACUGAACUACUGCAGAAAUACAGUACAGUACAUGAUUUAUUCAAAAGGAUCUGAAAUGAAAUACUGUAUUCAGUUUUCCUGAUUUCAGAUUUCACUACAACUGAACAACUUCUCAAUAUCCAAACAAACAUAAGCUACAGAAUAUACAAUACAUAGAAUUUUACAUAUUAUUUUAAGUCUUCUAUAGUCAAUAAUAAAGAUAAUGUUUAAUGUGGUGAAGAAGUAGCAAAAUUGUUUUACAUACUACUUUGUUUUAUAAAUGAAACUUAUUCUCUCAUGGGUUGCUUUCAAAGAGACCUGGUGUUACUAAAACAUUCAUGUAGCUUAUGAGAAUGUACAAGGUCUCAUUAUGAAGGAGAAUCCCUUGCUGAUUUUUUGUAUGCAUUUGGUUGGUAAAAUACAUUUGGAAUUUAGGCAAAUCACUUUAGGUGUGUUAAAAAUAUAUGAGCCUUUUUUGAGAAAGUUGAGGGUAUCGACCUAACAUAACAAUGGUGUUUAAGUGUAUAUUCACUUAGUAUGUAAGUAGAAAAAUCUGGAAAAGCUUCACAGAGUAUUCUUGCAAGAAUACUCUUCUUGAACUAAAGCAUCAAGUUUGAAAGUUAUCAGUUCCUCUCUAUCAUUUGGAGAUGUAGACAGACUCUGCUUUCAAUAAUUUUUAUGGCAAUUUAAUUUCAAUUUACCACUGCAUACAGUCCUUGAGAUCAUACUUCAAAAUCAGCUGGCUAUGUUAGAUAAGAAAAUAAACAUUACUUGGUUGUUACAGUUCUUAUGGACUGUAAAUUCCACUAAAAUUGCAGGCUAAGUAUGGCAAAUAGCUGGACUAAGCAGUGUCUAUUUCACUACUAUGCCUCUCUUCACUAUUCCAAUUUGUUGCUGUGUGUAAAUUAUGGGAAUAAUGUUUGAAAUGAAGACUGACAAAAAAGAUGGUUGUCUUUCAAAAUGACUGUAUAUGAACAUGCAGCCAUCAACUCAGAGAGCAAAGGAAACAUUGCCCACCUGGUCCACUUAUAGUAACCACAAAAUCUCAUGAAAAUAGUUUAUUAUUUCUUACGAGCUUGUUUCAAAAUUUUAAGCUAGGAAAGAAAACCGAACGAACAACCUCAAAACCUACUUACAUAUGCUGUCUCUUAGGUAAUUAUGUAAGCCAACAUUUGUAUUGAUUUUGAGUUAUACUAAUGAUUGACUUAUGGCUGGUAAUGUAAAUAUAAUGAUUAAUGAAAGGUAUUUAUUUUAGUCAACUGUGUAUUUGUAUGCUUUCAUGGUGGAUAGUCUGAUUUUAGGCAUGGUGAAAAUAAUGUUUGUUUCAUUUGCUGUGUAGAUUUCUUUUCUUAUUGAUAACAAGCACAUCAAAAAGAAUAUUUGCUUUGACAUAUUUAAAAAACAAUUAAUUAUUUUAAUACCAUUGUCUUAAAGUAAUGAACAAAAAAUAAUAAUAUAAAAAGUUGGUACACUAUUUAGAAUAAGAGAAUAUAAAAUGGAUAUUGUAAGUUAAACCUCUACUCAUUUACUACAACAUAGGGAGAGAGAUAAGAGAGAAAUUCAGCAUUUCUCAGUCCCGAGAGCAGCACUGUGCCCAGAAUUGAAUGUUUUAAGUGACUGUAGUGUAAGUGACCUGGCACUCAGUGAGUGAUGGGUCAGAAUCUUUUAUUUUUGUAUUAUUUAUAUUUUCAUAUGUGGCAUGGAUGCUCCUCUUUACUGUAUAGUUUUGUUUUGGGUCAAACAUCUCCACCAUGAGUUAUGUCCUCAGUAUUGUAUGUACAGCCUUCCUCCUCCUCCUCCUCACUAUGAAUAAAGUAUACAAUAUGAAACUUUA